AUGAUGAAGCUUGCUCUUCUCUCCCUCCUGGCUCUGGCCAAUGCCUACUCCAACCCCGGCGCCUGUUCCGGAGACUGCUGGACUCACGAUCCCGGUCUCUACCAGCGCGUCUCGGAUGGCAAAUACUUCCGUUUCGCAACCGGCGGUGGCGUCCACGUCGCCUCGGCCGACUCCAUCAAAGGUUCCUGGACCGACGACGGCUACGCAUUGCCCAAUGGCUCAUCCAUCGACAACCCGGGCGCCGACAACCUCUGGGCCCCCGACGUCCAUUACGAAAACAACACAUACUACAUGUACUACUCCGUCUCGACCCUCGGCUCCCAAACCUCCGUCAUCGGUGUCGCCAGCUCCCCCUCCAUGGAAGUCGGCAGCUGGACCGACCACGGCAGUACCGGACUCUCCUCGACCUCCGCGAAACCCUACAACGCCAUCGACGCCAACUGGGUCAAGAUCGGCGACACCAGUUACAUGAAUUGGGGCUCCUACUGGCACAACCUGUACCAGGCGCCGAUGACCAGUCCGCUGAAACUGGGCUCGCAGGACCCGGUCAACAUUGCGUACAACGCCACCGGAACGCACAAUAUCGAAGCGACGUUUAUCUUCCAGCACGGAAAUUAUUAUUACUUGACGUGGUCCGCGGGUAAGGCUGCUGGGUAUGAGACGAAUUUGCCGGCGCCGGGGAAUGAGUAUCGGGUUGUGGUGUGUCGGUCAGAGAGUGGGACUGGUGGUUUUGUCGACAAGAACGGCAAGUCCUGUCUUGAAAGUGGCGGAACCACCCUACUUGAAAGUCACGGCAAUGUCUACGGACCCGGUGGACAGGGGAUCGUCAACGACAAGGACCUCGGUCUUGUUCUCUACUAUCACUACGCCGACAAGACAAUCGGGCUGGCCAAGGAGAAGUACCAGUUCGGGUGGAACCAGCUGAAGUGGGCGGAUGGAUGGCCUAGCGUGUAA